UUGCGGUAUUCUUUAGAUUUAUUUUGGAUUUCAAUGCGAGAGUUUUGGCUAAGCAAAAUUUAGAAAAUUUAAUUAAAACAAAAAACUGUAUUGAAAUUACUCUUGAACUUUCGGCUUAUAUUAAAUCCUUUUGUUAUUUAAAAAUUACAUUAAGGAUAAUUAACUGAUAAUUUAUCAAAAAUUCUUAUAACUAAACUUAGUCAAUAUGAAAGUCUUUGUAGCAGCUUUAACGAUUUUACUAGUUGCUGGAACCCAGGCUGUGCAAUUGCCUGAUUACAUUAAAGUUUGCUCGCGCAAUGAUCCCAAAAUUAAUGAAUGUGUCAAGAAUACUGUGCACAAUAUGCGACCCUACCUCAAGGACGGUAUUAAGGAAUUAAAUGUACCAGCAAUGGAACCUCUAUACAUAGGUGAUCUCAACAUUUUGGAAGGUGGCAGUUCGGGUAUCAAUGUCAAGGCUAUAGAUUUAAAUAUCUUUGGAGCUUCGAAUUUUGAAAUUAAGAAACUCAAAGCUUCCCAAAAUGGCAUGCGUUUCGAUUUUGAACUCAACUUACCUCGUCUUCAGGGAGAAGGUCAAUAUGAUAUAAAUGGCCAAAUUUUAGCUCUACCUUUGAAAGGCAAUGGUCCAUUUACCGGCAAUUUCACGAAUUUUUAUGCCUUCGUUAAAAUAAUUUUCGACACCAAAAACGUCAAUGGCGAAGAAUAUUUAACCAUAUCCGAUUUAAAUGUGAAAAUUCGCACCGGCAAAGGCCGCAUACGUUUGGAAAAUCUUUUCAAUGGCGAUAAAACUUUGGGUGACGUUGUCAACGAUACAAUCAAUCAAAAUUUCGAAGUUUUCACCAACGAAUUGAUAGCGCCCAUUGAACGUGCCUUGGAAAAGAAAUUUAUUGCUAUAGCUCGUAAAAUUUUGGAAAACUUUACCCAUAAUGAACUGUUCCCAGUUUAAGAUGAUGCUAACCAAAAGUUUGUUUGUCUAAAAGUGUUGUAGUCUCAAACGAAUAUGUAUUGUAAAUGUUUCAGCUAAAACAAACUAUCAGUUUUAUGUGGACUCAUAAAAAUGAUGGUUUGUUUUAUUUGAGCAGAGAGUAAGUAACUUAAAAUAUUUGGUUUUAAAUUUCAAAAUUUAUUUUAAUUUUAAAAUUGUGAUUAUAGCUUUAUUAAAUUGUUUAUGUAUGUAUAAAUUAUAACUAUGUAUUUGUAAAAUAAUAAUGUAUAUAAUUAAUAAUUUUUUUAUAAAUGUGUGUAUAUUGUAAAUAAAUGUGUAAAUGAAAAUGAA